UGGGAGUGUCUUACUUGACAAAACGCAAUUAGGUUGAAUCUUUCAAUUUGAUGAUAAUCUAGCUGCCAAACAGGAAAUAACAACCUUUAUUUAAUAUAUCUUAGCAAAAUGGCAGCCACACGAAGAUUGCAAAAAGAACUGGCAGACAUUCGAUCGUCAGGCAUGAAAUCCUUUCGUGACAUUCUUGUAGAUGAAACAAAUUUACUACUUUGGACGGGAUUGAUUGUACCGGAUAACGUCCCCUAUAACAAAGGAGCUUUUAGAAUAGAGAUAAAUUUUCCAGCCGAAUACCCAUUCAAACCACCAAAGAUUUCGUUUAAAACCAAAAUAUACCACCCAAAUAUUGAUGAAAAGGGUCAAGUUUGUCUUCCGAUUAUAAGUGCCGAAAAUUGGAAACCGGCAACAAAAACAGACCAAGUUAUUCAGGCGUUAAUAGAGUUGGUCAAUGAUCCCGAACCUGAACAUCCUUUACGUGCAGACCUGGCAGAAGAAUUUCUAAAAGAUAGGAAAAAAUUUACAAAAAAUGCCGAAGAACAUACCAGAAAGCACAGCGAAAAGCGACCGGAAUAAAAUAAUAGAUGUGAAUACUAGAUGCUACACCAUCAAGAUCAUCGGAUGUUCAUCAUUGAAAAAAAAACAGUUGUAAAUUGUAAAACGAUAUUAGGGAGAUGAUACUUACAUUCGCUUAAAUCAAAUACAUGCGUUAUCUGAGCGACGAUAAGAUAAUCAUUGAUACUCGAUGAACGUCACAUCUGUUUAGUCGAAUCCAACAAUCUGAAAAUUUUAUUAAAAAAAAUCCUUAAUUCAAA